AUGGAACAAAACAAUGGCACCAAAGUGACGGAAUUCAUUCUCCUGGGAUUUGCUGGUCAACACAAGUCUUGGCUUGUCCUCUUCAUAGUGUUCCUGGUGAUCUAUGUGGUCACCCUGGUGGGUAACAUUGGCAUGAUCCUGCUCAUCAAGAUUGAAGCUUCCCUUCACACCCCCAUGUACUUUUUCCUCCAAAACUUGGCUUUUGUUGAUCUCUGCUAUGCUACUGCUAUCACUCCCAAGAUGUUGCAAAACUUUGUGGGGACAGAACACUCUAUCUCAUUCAUAGGCUGCAUGGUGCAAUUAUUUGUCUAUGGUACUUUUGUAACAAGUGACGGUUAUAUCUUGGCUGCUAUGGCGGUGGACCGCUAUGUGGCCAUCUGUAACCCACUCCGCUAUCCAACAGUCAUGUCCCAGAGAGUCUGCAUUCAACUCUUAAUUGGUUCAUACUUUAUGGGCUUCCUAAAUGCUUCUGUAAACACAAGUUUUACUUUCCAACUGAACUUUUGCAAAUCCAAUAAAAUUAACCACUUUUUCUGUGAUGCACCCCCAAUUCUCGCCCUCUCGUGCUCCAGUAUUUACUUCAACAUCAUGUUUCUAGCAGCCUUUGUGGGGUUUAACUUGACAUUCACUGUGUCAAUCAUCAUCUUUUCCUACAUAUUUAUCCUGGCUGCCAUCCUGAAGAUCUCUUCUGCUGCAGGGAGGAAAAAAGCCUUCUCCACGUGUGCCUCCCACCUGACAGCAGUCACCCUUUUCUAUGGGACUCUGUCUUACAUGUAUCUGCACCACCGCACCCUAGAGUCUCAAGAGCAAGAAAAACUGGCUUCCGUGUUUUAUGGGAUUGUGAUCCCCAUGUUCAACCCCCUCAUCUACAGCCUGAGAAACCAAGAUGUGAGAGAAGCCCUUAAGGGGAUAGGAAAAAAAAUGCUUUAA